AAUCUUCAUUCAAAACCAACGGCACCGAGAACUUUUCAGCGUGUGGAUCAGUAUACGUAAGGGUUCACUCAUUCAUGCUCCAUUCAUCUGUGAAAUUGUUCCCAACUGUUGAGAGAACUGCAAAAUGGCCCCAAUAUCCAUCAAACGCAUUUUAAUCAGUGAAAGUGUUGAUUCUUGCUGCAUGAAAAUCUUGCAAGAAAAUGGAAUCCAAGUAAUUGAGAAGCCGAAUAUGAAUAAAGAUGACUUGAUUGCAGAGAUCAAGGACUAUGAUGGCCUUGUUGUUAGAUCUGCGACAAAGGUGACUGCUGAUGUCAUCAAUGCUGCUAGUAAUCUUAAAGUCAUUGGAAGAGCUGGGACUGGCGUUGACAACGUGGAUGUGGAUGCUUCCACCAAAAAGGGCAUCAUAGUCAUGAACACACCAAGUGGAAACACCAUCAGUGCUGCAGAACUGACAUGUACCCUUUUGAUGAGCCUCUCGAGGCAUGUGCCACAAGCAGUUAUGUCCAUGAAAGCUGGGAAUUGGGAUCGCAAAAAAUUCAUGGGUGCAGAGAUGUACGGCAAAAUACUUGGAAUAGUUGGACUUGGAAGAAUUGGAAAGGAAGUUGCAUCCAGAAUGCAGUCUUUUGGCAUGAAGACCAUCGGUUAUGAUCCAAUCACUCCUCCUGAAGUAACUGCCUCCUGGGGAGUGGAGCAGAUGUCUCUGGAGGAGCUGUGGCCCCGAUGUGAUUACAUCACCGUCCACACUCCCCUCAUGCCAUCUACAACAGGUCUCCUAAAUGACGCCACAUUUGCUAAGUGCAAGAAAGGUGUGAAGGUGGUGAACUGUGCACGUGGAGGUAUCAUCGACGAGGCGGCCCUCCUCAGAGCCUUGGAGUCUGGACAGUGCGGAGGGGCAGGCCUUGAUGUUUUUGUCGAGGAACCCCCAAAGGACCGUGUUCUGGUGAACCAUCCCAAUGUGAUUACCUGUCCUCAUCUGGGAGCCAGUACCAAGGAGGCCCAGGCACGCUGUGGACAGGACAUAGCUCUGCAGAUUGUGGACAUGGUGAAGGGAAAAUGCCUGGUUGGAGCAGUAAACGCCCAGGUUUUGGCAAGCACAUUCUCACCUGAGUCUCACCAGUGGAUCAGACUUGGAGAGGCCAUAGGAGCUGUGCUGAAAUCAUGCACCACCUCAAAACAACCCUUCAAUCAAGUACAAAUCACAACUCAAGGAGACUCCUUGAAAGCUUCUUCCAGUUACAUGACCUCCGCAGUAAUUGUUGGAUUACUUACUGAUGGGUCCAAGAGUCGCCCCAACCUGGUAAAUGCACUGAGUCUGGCCAAGGAAUCUGGAAUCACGGUGACCCGAAACCACAGUGAGGGCCUGACAGAAAGUGCAUGUGUGGUGGAAAUCUCUGUCAACGGCUCCUGCUACAGAGCUACUGGUUCAGUCCAGGGAGGGGUACCGAUUUUGUUGGAGCUGAACCGCAGUGUUUUCCGGCAGCCUGUCUCUCUUACCGGCAACCUGCUUUUCUUCAAGGCUGCGUCUUCUCCUCUGCUCCUUUCCUCUUUGACUGGUUUCCUGGCCAAAGCGGGAGUGGAAAUGGAAUCAUUCAGCGCCCCAACUACUUGUAUUGGAGAACCAUGGUAUUGUGUGGGGUUGGCCUCUCUCCUCGGAGACCUUGGUGCCUUAAAACCAUUAGUGCAAGAAGCGGCAAUGCUCUCUGUGUAAAUGGCCAUGAUAGGGCAUUGUUCCCAGUAGAGGGACCAGUAGAGUAUUCCAAUGUUUAAAGAUCUAACCACGGAAGUCUGCCUAAUCUGAAUGGUGCCUGUUAGCCGUUUCGCAUUUUAGUGCUUACAGUUUACGAUGUGUAUUUGUUCUCUUUAACAUUCCAUUUGGUCUUGAAACAAAUGUUACUAAUGCUGUACCUAUUUGAUUUUUGCAAUACGAGCUAUAUAGACUGAAAUAGUUCUCACUCACCUCAAAUAAGUGAGAACCAAGGGCCACUUUUCCAUGUUUGCCGCAAAGUUUAAGGGGGAAUAUGACCUGUACUUUUUCAGUCAAUAUAGAAUUAAUAAAAAUGUUAGAUUAUGAAA